UCACUACAUGACAAUCUUUGAUUACUAUUCAUUCUUCUCCUACAAAAACUGUUGUUCUAAAUCAUCAAUAACUCAAACACACGUACAGUUGAGGCAAAUGACGGAUAUCAUGAAACAAAAAGAUAAACACUACCACUUAAACCCCAUAUGAAAUGAAUUUGGCAAGGUUAAUCAUGUAUUUAUUACACGGAAACCCACUUUCCACAGGAACUCGCUUUUAAUCACGUGUAGUCUUGUUGACAUUAUUUCUAUCUUCAUACUACAGAGUGUUGAAACCAAUUGCCUUUCAUGGUUCGGUCUUUUUCUCCUUGUUGAUAAAUAUGAAAAGGCUUGCCCGCAUGGUGACUGCAGUCUGGAAGGGCUUUUGGUGAGUGAAUCGAUCCAUGGAAAACCACGUGGCCGUGUCCUUGCUUGUGCACAUCAGCAUCGAGAAGGCCACGAACGAAGACACGUCGGGAACGAAGGCAGCAGCAGAACGAUGCAGGUCUGCUGUGGCGUGCUCACGCUCAAAUUUCCGGGGCCAGCUUGGUGUCGAUCUUCGCUUCUCAUCAGUAGCAUUGUCGCCAUCCACCGACGCCGAUCAGAAGACAGUCUGAAAGAGUCGAAAGAACUGCUCGGCGGAUUCGGAGUUCUUAAACGAAUCUGAAUUUCCUGCAGCCGUGAUUGGCUUCUGCGGAUCGCAAGAAUUUUCUUGUGGUCCUCGGUUUAGUGCAUCAGACGAGGACUUUGCGAGAAUUUCCCGAGUGGGUCAUCGGUCGCUUGAUGACCGCUCUGUAAAUCAUGACCAGCUACAGAGCCGCCUCUUCUGGACUGCAGCUGAUUCGGAAGCGACCCACAUGCAGAAUCUUAUGCGGGUACCGGGCUUCUUGUCACGCGUUUUUGGAGGCCUCGACCUUCGUCAAUGAGAAAAAUGUGUCGCUUCAUACUCGAGCAGCGGGAGCCAGGAGUGAGACUUCCGAGGCCUCCUCUUCAGGCCGCACACCCUUAAGCGACCGCGGACCCUAUUUCACUCAGGUGAAGAGCAGAGGUGUGAUCAGCCUGGAUGGGCCAGAUGUCUUCAAGUUCUUGCAGGGCCUCAUUACAAAUGAUGUCCACAGACUCGAAGGAAUACCUGAGUCCGCAGUUCCAACACCUUCUCCGACGACACCAGUUGCCAUGACGCCUCCCAUGUACACAGCUCUUCUAAGUCCACAAGGCAGAUUUCUCUACGAUUUGGUCCUCUAUAGGCCCACUCAAUCAGUUGAACGUCUCGAUCGUUCGGGAUCUGGCCCCGACACUGAGGGCAAUGGUGUGCCGGCGCUUGUAGCUGAUGUGGAUACGGCUGAAGUUGAUAACAUCAUAUCUCAUCUUAAGAGGCACAGACUGCGAGCCAAAGUGAAUAUUGAAAACCUUUCGACUGACUUCAAAGUUUGGCAAAGGUUUGGAGGUGCUUCUGCGGAUAAUGGUUCAGAGGCCGGGUCUCUGGGUUGGUCUGGUGGCACGGACAGAUCAGCACAACAGACAGCGGAGAGCGAUGCACAGGGUUGGCGAUGGUACGCGGAUCCACGUUUGCGAGAACUAGGACAUAGGGGUGUAUUCCCUGGCAAUGAUGUCCCACCGUUGGUGACAGCAGAUCAAAUUGUUGGUGAUGAGUAUUACCUACUUUGGAGACUAGAGCAAGGGGUUGCAGAAGGAUCAACAGAGAUUCCAAAAGGAGAAGCUAUUCCUCUGGAGUAUAAUCUGGCAGGACUGAAUGCCAUCAGUUUUGAGAAAGGGUGCUACAUAGGUCAAGAACUUGUAGCACGAACUCAUCACCGUGGGGUUAUUCGGAAACGAUUGAUGCCUGUGAACUUUGUCUUCGAAGAUGGAUCAGAAGCUCAACAAGAGGUGGUGCCUGGGGUAGAUAUUCUGGAUGCAGAAUCCAACAAGAAGGUUGGAAAAGUCACAACAGUUCUAGGACCUCGCGGGUUUGCCCUUAUAAGGUUGGAUGCAGCUCAACGAGCAACAAGCAAGCUAAAACUGGAUAUUCCCGCCAAGAAUGUUCGAUUGAAAGCUAUACGACCGAAAUGGUGGCCAGGUGAAUGGGGGAGAGAGGAGCACCAAACAACAGUAGCAGCUGCGUAGAUAUCGACUUGAUUGUCCUGGAAACUUCAAGGAUGCAAACGAGCUAAUUUUGAACCCGCAUUGUUGUAUUUAACUCAAGACCAAUGCAGUUUGAAACUUGAAACUUCCCAGUUCCUCUAGUUUUUAGUUCUUAGCAUUUGGAAAAUAUGUGCUUCGAUCUAGAGCGAAUUAGUGGUUCGGAAGUAUGUCCUUGAGGAUUCUGUUGUGGCCUCUUCAACAGUUGUGUUUAUGUUUCUUCAGAAUCCGCGAGCGAAGUAGCAUGAAACCUUGGAGAACAUUGAAGCAAUUGCAGAACGUAACAUGAAUGAGGAGCCAUAGACACAACUGAAUGUAUUCCCCACUCAUGCCCCGUGUUAUGCAUUCCAGACAUCUAAAGAGGAGUUGAUGUUGUACGGUUGCACUAUCUCUCGAUGGAUUUGGUUUUUACAUGGCAGCUAGCUAAUGUGUACGUAGGAUAUGCUUCAGUAGAUGAGUAUGGUGUCUAAUUGACAGCGGUAUUAUUAUUAUACGGAUUUGUACUAUGGACAGAGACCAAAAUCAGUCCAUCUGGGUCAAAUUUCAAUGUGAACUUCUAGUGAACAAAUUCGUUCGCCCAUCACAAUCUCGAUUUAAGACACCACAUCCAGCUGAAAUAUAUAUAUGUACAGAAACCAUGAUCAGAUCUCCUUUAUUAAUUUCUUUUGCAACAAUAUAAUCACGCUUAAAAACGAAAAAGUGAAUGAGAACACUCUAAAAAUUAGAACGGGA